GAGCCAACGAAGAAACGGUGACACUUUGUCCAAAGAGAGUUCGGAUUGUACUAGUAUACAAAUUUGUAUUGCAACACCUCAAACGAAAUGGCAGACUCUUCAAUCGUUUUCAUCACGGGCGGCAACACUGGCAUUGGGUACGAGACCGUAAAGGCUCUAUAUGCUUCGCCACAACCACACACCAUCCUGAUGGGUAGUCGCUCUCUCGAAAAGGCCAAUGAUGCCAUCUCCAAGCUCAAAGGUGAAGUCUCAGAGUCCAAGUCAGAUGUCGUCCCCGUUCAGAUCGACAUCGAGGACGAUGCGUCGAUCGAAAACGCAUUCAAGAACAUCGAGAGCAAGUAUGGUCACCUUGACUCGCUGAUCAACAAUGCCGGCGGGUCUUUUGAUGGCAUUAUGCGCAACGACCCUAGCCCCAAAGGCAUUCGCGCAGCUUGGGACAGAAGCUACUCCCUUAACGUCACUUCCACCCAAGUAGUGACCCAUGUUUUUGCACCCCUGUUGAUAGCCUCCAAACACCCUAGGCUCCUCUUCGUGACUUCUGGUCUGUCUUCCCUCGAAACCUCUUCCAGCAGCUUUAAUUCCAAGCUCAUGAACGCACCACCACCAACGGGUUGGCCCAAGCCACCAUCCAUGGCUCAGACAGCUUAUCGCUCCAGCAAGGCUGGGAUGAACAUGAUGAUGCUAGACUGGACACAAAGUCUUAGCGUCGAUGGUGUCAAGGUCUUUGGCAUCAGCCCCGGAUUUCUGGCUACGGGAUUGGGAGGCAUGGGGCCAGAAAUGUUGAAGAAAUGGGGCGCAGGCGACCCGAGUAUUGGAGGCGUCUUCAUCAAGGACGUUGUCGAAGGAAAGAGGGACGAGGAUAGCGGGAAGGUUAUCAACAAGGAUGGUGUGCAGCCUUGGUAGAUGCGUUACCCAUGGCGUGACCGACGAGCGGUCGUCGUAUCACACCUGCGAGAUCCUCUGUUCUUGGUGUUGGUUUCUGUUUGAACACUUUAUAACGAUUGAACGAGGCAAAGUCUCCCACACCAGAAUUGUUAUCGUGCAAACACCCCUCCAACAGCUGAGCAAUGCCGAGCCGACCCUUCGUGCCCACGUAGCUACUUGGUUGGUCUACAUGUCUCGGCAUAGCUAAAAGUACUGUGCAUGAUGCUGCAUAUCAUGGGAAGGCUGAGCUAUCUUUUUAGUAAUGCUCCGGCUUCCGAGAGGCUUGAAAGCUGAAACCCUAGGAGCUGGGACUUGAUAUAUAUCUGCCAUUCUGAACUCCCAAGAGU